AUGGCCCCCCCAGCCCAAACCCAAAUCCAUACCCUACCCAUCUUCUCUACUUUCCUCACUCUCGUCAUCCUCCUCUGCUUUUUCGCUUCCACUGUCGAGGCCAGGAACGAGACUACAAACGGCACUAUCAUAUACACACUCCCACCCAUCCCUACCAGCACAGCCUAUCUUACCACCAAUCCCACCACAACUCUCACCGCAACCCUCACAGCAACAAAACCCAACGACGGCGACCAAUCCCUUCCCACCCAAAGCAGCAGCGCCGCAGCCGGCGCACCACCCACUCGCGCGAGAGGCAACCAGGCAUUUUUCGCAUUCGUGGUUGCAAGCAUGAUCGGGUGUCUUCCGUUUGCUGGAGUUUAG